GGAUCAUGCUAACUUUUCGUCUAGUUUGGAGAAAGAACCCCCCCGACGAGCGACUCCCUGGCGGAUGCUCGAACAUCCUUGGAUGCUGGACAUGAAAAACAAAAAGGUCAACAUGGCCAACUUCGUAAGGCAAGUCUGGGAUUGGAAAGACUAGAUUGCCUGCCUGCAGCAACUGGAUCUCGGCAAUCAUUCAUGCACCUUCCGGACGGAAUGCUCCACCUCUAAUACGAUCGCACAUAACGGUCUCUCCUUUGAUGCUUACAAGUGGCUGGCCCUUGGUUGACCCGGAUGUCAAAAGCAUACGAAUUGUGAUCAUGACGACACUCAUUUUCUUCGCGGCACUGUCUAUCCUUUAUUGGAAUCAUGGAGUUGGGAAUGUUUUCUUCAUUAUCAUCACCCGACAUGAUCACGCCUUCCUUUAAUUUGCCUCCCCGCUGGUUCAGCAUUUGUCCCGUCCUGUGCAUUGCGUCCGAUUGUCAUCUCGGUUCUUUAUUUCUACCCAAAACCGUUGUCAUUCCAUCCUGCAACCUGAGGUUGUUUCUGUUCAAAACCAUCGCCAGCGGUGCUGACGCUUGUUCCUCUUUUCCGGUUGAGACGGGGAGAGAUUGGUAUCCUUGGUUUCUAUUUAUCAUCUAUCCUGUCGAGUUUGUUCCAUAUAUCAUACUACAUACAUUAUCCUCUUAUCAUCCUCAUCCAUUGAUCUGGUUUAUCAUCAUUUCCGGCUUUCAUUCUCCGAUUGUACGCAUGCAGAUACAUACAUACAGCCACACGGAAGACAUAUUCAUUUACAGUCUGAUUAGCCUGUUCUUUCUGCUUGUGAGCGUGCGUUGUGACAAGGCAGGGUCCGCAUAUUGUGUAUAGUGAUUGGCACCGGAAUAGCGAUACAGGAAUAUCAAG